AUGAGUGAAUUUAUUAGAGAGGCAGUUGCUAUCUUAGAGGAGUUGAAAACUAAAACAAAUGUUAAAUUAGACAACAAGAUCGAUAAUUCACUUUUAUACACAGAUUAUAACUCAAAUUUAAAGUUAAUUGACAAUAAUUCUAAUAAGUUAACAAUUAGUUUAAAAGAUCCAAUAAAUUGGGAAAUAGCUAACAAACUUUUGAAAGACUUACUCAAAUACUUCAAUAACUUACUCUACAUUAUACAAUCUCAGUCUUCUUCCUUAUUGUUACGCAACUGGUUGAACAAAUUUAACGACACGGUUGAAUACUUUAUUAGGUUACUUCAUAGCAUUAUAGAAUACAAUUAUAGAGAAAUUAUAAAUUACAAUGAAAUAAUUCACAAAUUAACAAAUGAAAAGAUACCCUCAAGUGAAUUACAAGCAUUGAAAAUUCUUCUGCGCGAUCAUUACAUAUUACUAGUGGACACUAAAUCCGAGAUAGACCAAGAAGUAGACAAAGACGAUUGUGAUAAGGAUAACUUCAAAGAGAUGAUAUCAUUAGCUGAAAAAUUGCCUUCAAUCUAUUUACAACUGAUAGAAAACCUCAAAGAAGAGCAAGAUCAUGAAAGUAUUUUGGCAUUAUCAACCAAAUUAACUGACCAAUGGAAUGAAGUGGUUUAUCUUCUCGACGAAGCGGAAGAUGAAGAAUUUGACGAUGCAGUGAGGGAAUUUAAAGGAACUUACAAUGAAAUAUUUAAGAAUAACACACUCUCGCUUGGUAUCGAUUUUGAUAAGCUGUCUUUGUAA